ACGGAUGUAACGCUCCUGCACCGGAGGAGGCGCACGGUUCUCAUACCGCUUCUUCUCUAGCUCGAGCGUCGCCGCUGCUGGUUGAACUCCCGAACUACUUCGGCAACCCGUUAUAACGGUCGACAUGGCGACCGAGGAAAUAAUCAUGCAUUUUCUUAAGAAGAGAUGAAGAUAGCCGAGACACAGUUUCAGGUUUCACACCAUGUGAUGAUCAACCGGGACGUGUGAACUUAAAUAAGAACUCCUGUGUUCAGAAGAUGUUUUGAUUCCAGUGGAAUCUAUCUUUCUUUUUAUUUCAUCUAUUAUUCCCUUUUUGUUAAAUGACCCACCCUAUCACACAUACACCUGCACGCACACCCAAGAGAAACCCCCCUACCCUUGUUUACAUGUAGAACAACCUUGCUACGAUGCCUGUACAAGCUCCACAAUGGACAGAGUUUUUACUGUGCCCCAUAUGCACCCAGACGUUCGAGGAAACGGUGCGUCGGCCCAUCAGUUUGGGUUGUGGCCACACCGUUUGCAAGAUGUGCCUCAACAAGCUACACCGCAAAGCUUGUCCCUUUGACCAGACGGCCAUCAACACUGACAUCGAGCAGCUGCCUGUCAACUCUGCCCUGCUACAGCUGGUUGGGGGUCAGGUGCCCAAACAGCAAACUGUGGUGUUCAUUACGUGUCCAGAGGACACCAAGCAUUAUGAUGAGGCACGACAGUGUGUUGAGGAGCUGGCCCUCUACCUCAAACCCCUCAGCAGUGCACGAGGAGUGGGGUUGAGUAAUGCUGCUCAGAGCAUGCUGAGCCGCCCCAUGCAGAGGAAGCUGGUGACUCUGGUGCACUGUCAGCUGGUGGAAGAGGAAGGACGGGUCAGGGCAAUGCGGGCGGCCCGUUCUCUGGGUGAAAGAACUGUUACUGAGCUCAUUCUGCAACACCAAAACCCCCAGCAGCUCUCUUCCAACCUAUGGGCUGCGGUCAGAGCCAGAGGCUGCCAGUUCCUGGGGCCUGCCAUGCAGGAGGAGGCACUAAAGCUGGUGCUGUUGGCUUUGGAAGACGGAUCCGCUCUUUCCAGGAAGGUUCUGGUCCUCUUUGUGGUCCAGAGACUGGAACCAAGAUUUCCUCAGGCCUCCAAAACCAGUAUUGGACAUGUAGUUCAGCUCCUCUAUCGUGCCUCCUGCUUUAAGGUGACUAAGCGAGAUGAGGAUUCAUCGCUAAUGCAGUUGAAAGAGGAAUUCCGCACGUAUGAGGCACUUCGGCGGGAACACGACUCUCAGAUUGUUCAAAUCGCAAUGGAGGGAGGGCUCCGCAUUGCGCCCGAUCAGUGGUCUUCUCUGCUGUAUGGAGACCAGUCUCAUAAGUCUCACAUGCAGUCCAUCAUUGACAAGCUGCAGACCCCAGCAUCGUUUGCUCAGAGUGUGCAGGAGCUGACCAUCGCACUGCAGAGGACGGGUGACCCUGCCAAUCUCAACCGGCUGAGACCUCACCUCGAGUUACUGGCUAACAUCGACCCCAGUCCAGAUGCUCCUCCUCCUACCUGGGAGCAGCUGGAGAAUGGGCUUGUGGCGGUAAAGACGGUGGUGCAUGGACUAGUGGACUUCAUCCAGAACCACAGCAAAAAGGGUGCCGACACACAGCAAACUCCACAGCACAGCAAAUACAAGACAUACAUGUGCAGGGACAUGAAACAGAAAGGAGGCUGUCCCAGAGGAGCUAGCUGCACCUUCGCCCAUUCUCAGGAGGAGCUGGAAAAGUACCGUAAAAUGAACAAACGCCUUGCUGCACGAUUGCCCUGCACCCCUGGCCUGCUGCCUGAGGAGGUGGUCCCGCUCGAGCCUGGGCGAAAGGCCUCUACACUUACCAACGGGGCCCCUCUUUCCCAGCUCAUCUCCAGAGGCACAGACCCCUCCACAUAUGACCUCUUACUCAAGCCCAAGAUGGAUGCCACUAGCCUGAGUGCUCCUGGGUCACCACCCGACACUUUGGAUAAAUCUAGCUUGGCCCUGACUCCCCACCUUGUGCCUCACCCCAGGGCGGAGCACUUACCCAUGUCAAAGCAGGUGCCAAUCAUGACCAGAGGUGCGCCACAGAUGUAUUCACAACAGCAGCCAGAGCUUUUCUAUCCAGAGCCCGGCAGACCUCCUCCCUCAGGAUCUCAGUAUGAUGCUCAGUACCCAACAGGCAACCCCUACCCAUACCAACCUCCACAGUAUGUCCCUCCUCGCUAUAUCCGUAAUCCGCCUCCCCCCGGCGAGUCUGCAGUGCAACCUUACCCAGAGCCCUACCAAGGUUACGUCCCAGAUCGCCAAUAUCCAAGCCACCACUCUGGUCCCCCUUUCUCAGCCCACACAUAUGCACCAGCAUCCCAUUAUAGUCGCAGACAUGGACACUAUCCCGUACCCCCACCUCAGUUUGCCCCACCCAGAGACGACUUGGUCAGGAUGAGCCCGGUUCCUCUGGAUGUUCCACCGGCCGCUAUGCCUCCACCUCCAGCAGGGGCAGCAGGUUCUCUGUACCACCACCAGGAAGCGUCAUCCAGAGACCGAUACCCACCGGAGGGGUACUAUGCUCCUGGACCGCACCCCAGCCAUAUGAGGUCCCACAUAGGACAGGACCCGUACAGCCGCUCUCAGCCCAGUCUGGAUGACUUGCAUCGCAGGCGCAAAGAGCUGCUUGUCCAGCUAGAGGAGAGAAAAGUGAUCUCUCCUCCCCCCUUCGCUGCAUCUCCGACUCUCCCCACACACCCGUUCCCCAACGACUACCCUCGGGAGUAUUUGGAGGAUGGCUCUAAACCCUUUGGAAGUCGAGAGCCGGACUACACUGGGCAGUAUUCCCCCUGGUCAUGUGACACCAUAGGAUCAUACAUUGGCUCCAAGGAUGCUAAACCAAAAGAUGUCAGUAGUGCUGUGGAGAUGAUGAAUGCAGAGGGGAAAGUUCUCCGUGAACCACCACUGGACACCCAGCGGCGCUCUACAGAAGCCAAAGACGACGAUCCCAUCAUUCCCUUUGGUCCUCUGCCCACAGUGUCUCCUUUUGGGGCCAUUUCACGUACCUCUAAAACGGGUUACCAGACCACUGGGCCUGUACAGGCCAUAGCAUCCUCACAGGCCUCGGGCUCCAAACACAUGACCACGACAGCAGACUAUCCAUAUGGAAACCACAGUGGAUGGGGAGGAGCGUCGUACCCUCAGCACCAGAGCAUCAACUCUCAGGGACACUUCAGCGAGCGUCUGCCAGUGUCUGCCCAUGAACGCGAGCAGCUAAAGAUUGAGCUCCAGCAAGUCAACCAGCAGAUCAGUCAGCAGACCCGCAGCAUGGAGGUGUGUGCGCUGGCAUCUCAGCCUGUGGCUGGAGUGAAGUGGUCUUCAGGUGAUGCUGUGUCUAGUGAGCAGCUCAGCCUGGAGCUUGAUCACGUAGAGCUGGAGAUCAAAAAGAGAACCCGUGAAAUCGCCAUGGAGAACCAGGUGGCCCAUGAAUACAAGCUGAAGGCCGCUGAGAAUGGGCAGAGUGACCAUAAAGCCCAGCUGGAAGAACUUUCUCUAGCAUUGGGUGAGGUGUCUAAUGGAUCCAGUGGCAUGAAGCCAGCCAGUAGCAUGGGUGGAUCUAUGCUCUCGCUCACCAAUAAGACAUCUUCUCUCACCCUCUGCUCCGCUGACCAAGUAUCGAGUAGCCCAGACCUUCAGAAGAAUGGUGUUGUUCACUCUUGCUCUUAAGAGUACACACACACACACACACACACACCCACACAGAGAGACAACCUCUCCAGAGGUCAAUAUUCCUUCUCAGAGGGCUUUGAAAUUAAUCUCUUGACUAAUUCAAACCAGUUUCAAGAGACACAAGAUGUGUUUUUAAUAUUCAGACUGAUCUGAUAUGAGGAACACACACACACACACAGACCUGCAUGCUGCUACAUGUAUGCACCGACACAAACUUCUGUUUUAUUUAGAAAAAUGAGCAGUAUCUGCCGUGAUAUAAAUUUUCUUUCUUUUUGUUCUGUGAAUGAGCUUUUUGUUUUAAUGACUUCUCAUCGCCUGGAAACCAGGGCAUCUGAAUAAUGCUUACUUUGUUGUUUUCCCUCUAUAUCAAGAAAGAACAGUCAACCCAAAGCUAGCAUAGACAAGAUAUCGCAAACCGGUGGAAUCAAAACGAGAAUCGAACGCAUUAUUUCUAGCAUCGGGGCUAGUUGCUAAUUGAAAUAUUCAACUCCCUGGAUCUCUGCGGCCUUGAAUAUGAUCUGACUCACCAGGUAUAAAGUAGCAUGGAGAACCUUUUAUGAAUCCAUUUUUAUGGACUGUUAACACAGGUCUCCCCACAUGACACACGAUGGUGGCAGUGUAUCGCUGUGAAGCAUUUCGAUUGGGCUCUGGAUGACACAAGGGGAAGUUCUAUAUAUAUAAUCAGUCAAGUUUUGUUUAAUUUCUGGUUUGGCUCUAUAACUGUUAAGGAAUUUGUAAAUGUGUGGUGACACGUGUCUAAAGCAUUCUGUUUUAUAGAAUGCAAACGAUGUCUUGAAAAAUGAGCACUUUUUUCCAUGUUUUCCAUGAGUGUGUGUUUUUAGUAGAAGAGGUGCAACACUUCUUCCCCUUGUGUUCUUCAGAGCUCUGUGGUCGGGAUGAGUUUUGUUUCUCCCAGCGCCACAGUCAUUUCGUAAGAUUACAGCCUAUUAGGAAAUAAUUUCAUCAGUUUUCCCUAACUUCUGUGAAGUUGCAUAUUUGUCUCUCCUGGUCGAGUUUGCAUAUUCGAGUCUCGCCACUAAACCGCUGCGUAGAAGUACACCAGGCAAGUAGUUUGGACAACGCCAGGCCGCAGAGCGCUAAAAGAACACAUUACAGAUUUGACUGGGAAAAAAAAAAAAAUCCAGACAGAUGUUCAUUAUAGAUGAGCUAUUUAAUGUCUUGGGUGUCUUCUUUAUAAACUCGAAAUUAGUUUGGAACCAAUUCUUCAGAGAUGAUUAUGAAUUUCUGCAGAAACGCGACUCACGAAUCAAGGCCUGUUGAGUUUAUCCUCCAUCAGCCUACUAUGACUUAAGUGUUUUUACACAACAUACUCGAUGCCCCGUAAAUGAAGAGAACAAGAUUAUUUGAAGUCUGAAGUCUUCCUAUAGUGAUGACAUUCUUCACGUGUGACAUUUUGUUCUAGUCUCUUGAGACCAACUAUGAUAUACAGCUCCAAUUUUGGGUGCAACCUCAGUCUUAACGUGUAAUCUUUUGUGGUUUUUGUGUUAUAGCCGUGGUGAAAUAGUUGAUUUCUCUUAUUACAAUGACUUGUAGUCACGGUCAUUAUCUGAUGUUCUUGCUUGUCAAAGAGCGAACGCAGCCUUUUCGAGAUGUCGCUGAGAUUGAAAACAAGCUGUGCCGACACGCAGAGAUGACGUCAACCUUACUAUCAUGAUGUCCAUCACACUCCUCCUCCUCCACAUGGAAAUUGAAUUCUCGUAGUGUUUUUAUUUCAUGCUGUUGAUGAAGAUCUGGUGAAGGAGUUAAGGCUUUGCCUAAUAUGUGAUGUGCUGCGUAGCUCAUGAUUUUGCUGAGCUUCUUGCUUUCCUUCUGGUGAAUCUGGCCUCUUCCUGGAUUCAGAGCUUCUCAUAUUCUCACGUUGUUUAAGACUGCUUUGUAGCCCAAGAAUUAAAGUGAAAUUCAUAAAAUCAUGUCCAGGUCAGCAAGGAAUAUAAAGGAAAAAAAUCUAUAGCACCAAAAUCUUUCUGCCCCAAAUGUUCAUGAAUGCCUAUCUCAUUAUCAUAACUUCAAUAUAUUAUAUUGUAUGCUUUACACAAAAAAGUGACACAUUUUUAGUUAAAUCUGUGUAAAUAAUAUAUACCAACUGCUAGACUUUUUUUGUAUUCAUUUACACUGACAAAAAAGGAACAUUUUUCAAGAAAACUCAAUGCAAUUUAAAUACUACUAUGACAUUUUUAUGGAAAUUCCAUUAUUUCCUCCCAUAAUAAUUAUAUGACCUGGGCAUGAUGUUUCUAGAUAUUUCUCAGUUCUAUGCCACCUCACCCAUCCAAUUAGCAAUUAUGCUCAAUGAUCAAGUAUCAAAAUUAGUUCAACAUAUUUCAUAAUUGAGGAGCGUCACACCAGGAGGCUAUAAUGUGCUCAGUGAAUUCCCUUUUAUAUUCAAACGGGAAAAGAAAACGAUUGCAGACUGGUUUAAAUUGAGCAGGAUAUAUUUAAAUCCAGCGGCUUAUCUUGACGUCUCAUCGAUCGAGGCACGUGAACGUGGCUAAGCAUAAGGCUUUUUAUAUGAUUUCUGUUGGGAGUCUGAAAAAGAUUUAUUGUGAGUUAACAUACUCCCGCCACCAUCGCUAACAUCAGAUUUUUUUGGCUCUUGUUAGGCGCAAGGGCUAGCAUGACGAGCGUUCUGUUUUGCAAUGCUAAUCGGUGCUUGAACAGGCAAACGUUUAGCCAGCGCUCGGUGUGCUGAGGUUUUUUUUGUUUGGCUUUCACACAGUGCUCAAAGCUGUACUAAUGUAAGCAUUCUUAAGGGAUGCUGCUUUUAUUUGAAUCUUUGGGUUGUAUGGGAAUGUGCUAUCUUGUAUUUAAUAUUUGGCAUUUGCUUGGGUGCAGUAGAACUUUUUUUUUUUCUGUAAUGAUCAGUGAUCUCACUGAGCUAAUUACUUCUGCGUGGAUAUUUUUCGUUUGUUUUACAAAUUAGUGUCAGCCAUCCACACAUAGCGACUUAUGGGAAACAACUCAGUAAGGCUCAUUUACAGUUUUGUGCACGAGGUUAUUUUUCCUCAAGUGAGAAAUUGCAGAAUAAUGUGAUUUUCUCUGUUUCUAAUGGAUGAUAUUCAUAGCUCUGAAUGGAUUGUGUCUGUUUUGAGCAGACCUGUUGAAUUCAUUUAAAUGAAAUGCAAAUUAACUCAUUUUGAACGUCAUUAACUCUUUUUUUUUGUUUUAUUCCUAACUUUUUGGGAAAUGUAAUAGCUUUUUUAUGAUUACUUCCAAGUUGUCUUGUAAAAUCUCUUAAAUUAAGGUACAGGCUCAAUUUCAACAAGGAAAGGUUUUAUAUCUAAAUAUAUAUUAUACUCCAUUAAGGAAUGUUUAGAACCAUCUUACUCCAAUGUGGAUGUAGCCAUUAUUACGCCAUUUUAUGACUUUGUAAAAGAAUUCACUGUGUGAAAAUUGGUUUGCAUUUUUGUAUAAUACAAUCUGCUUUUUUUGUUUGUUUAAAAUGAGAGAGGAAGGUGAAACUGAAUGUUAGAGGGCAAGAUUAAUAAAAAAAUUCUAAUUUAACAGGAACCUGUGAUAUUGAAAAGAAAAUGUAACUUGUGUACAACAAUGAUUCGAAAUGAGACGGAUGGAAUAAACAAUAUUGGUAACACUGCUUUAAA